GAUAUAAUAAUGAAGCCUGUAUGAUACUUGUUUGUUAGAUCCUGUUAAUGUAAACUGGAUGAGCUGAGCUCACACAGGUUUAUCGUGGACCUCUCAGCCUCAGCAUCAACACAGAGGCUGCACAUCUCGCGAUGAAAGCGUGUGAACGCGAUAUUUGAGUCCUGCCCCUAAAGUUACAAUAAUCGCAGCAGCAGCAGCAGCAGCAGCAGCGUCUCCACCACAACAACCAGCAACAGCAGCAGCAGCAGCGAUGGCCGCUUUCCGCAGAGUGGCAGCUCUGGCCGGGAAGAUGAACCUCUGGUCGGCGGGGAGAACAGAGCUGGUCGGCGGUCAGAGGCCCGGUGGAGGGAGAGCCCGGGGCUGUGUGGCGGUCGGGAUGUGUGUCGCGGCGGGAGGCGCCGUGGCUCUUUACCUCUACAGCGACAUGACGAGCGGCAGAGGCAGGAAGAGGAUGGAGAGACACAGCAUCAAUGAUUUACUGCCGACCAUCCCCCGAGUCCAGGCGAAGGAGAAGGGACGUCCGUUUGACUUUGAAGACGGAGACGUGUACAUGUCGUCCCACGAGCAUCGUUUCCGCAUGUUCAGCUCAGCGGAGUAUGACGGGCAGCUGUACAUGACCCCGCAGAACUUCAUCGAGUCGGUCACCAUGAAUGAACCAAGAAACAAGAGGCCCUGGAGGUCCCUGACCAAACAGGAGCUGGAGAAGAUCCUGUCAGACACUCCCCAAGUAUGGAGAGGAUCCUCUAAACUGUUCCGCAACCUGAGAGAACGAGGCAUCAUCUCUUACACAGAGUACCUGUUCCUGCUCUGCAUCCUGACAAAGCCCCAUGCUGGUUUUAAGAUUGCUUUCAAUAUGUUUGAUGCAGACGGCAACCAGAUGGUGGACAAGAGGGAGUUCUUGGUGCUUCAGGAGAUCUUCCGGAAGAAAAACGAGAAGAAGGGACGGAAGGGAGAUGCUGAAAAGUCAGCACAGUUGAGUAUGCAGCUGUAUGGAUAUCAGGUUGCCCCCAUGAACAGCGUGCUAAAAAAAGACAGUCAGGAGUUUAUGGCGCGGAGUUACUGGGACGUUCUGAGGCGAAGUGCCAGUCAAGUCCUGUUUUCUGACCUGGCCGAGGAUUUUACCCUCGAGCGAGCAGAAGAGACUAUUACAAUCGACACCACCCUGCUGGUCCAUUUCUUUGGGAAGAAAGGGAAGGCAGAGCUGACGUUUGAUGACUUCUACAGGUUUAUGGACAACCUGCAGACAGAAGUGUUGGAAAUUGAGUUUCUGACCUACUCUAAAGGAAUGACCACCAUCAGCGAGGAAGACUUUGCAAAAAUCCUUCUGCGCUUCACCAAUGUGGAGAACAUCAGCGCCUACCUGGAGAAUGUCCGCCAGUGUAUACCUGAUGAGAAGAAGCAGGAGGGAAUCACCUUCGAUGAGUUCAGAUCCUUCUUCCAGUUCCUCAACAACCUUGAGGACUUCGCCAUCGCCAUGCAGAUGUAUAACUUUGCCUCUCGCUCAAUUGGACAAGAUGAAUUUGCAAGAGCAGUGUAUGUAGCCACUGGGCUGAAGCUGACACGUCACCUUGUAAACACCAUCUUCAAGAUUUUUGACGUAGAUCACGACGAUCAGCUCUCCUACAAGGAGUUCAUCGGCAUCAUGAAGGACCGGCUGCACAGAGGAGGCAGGGGCUAUAAAGCUGUUGCACGAGCCACCUCUUUUAAAUCCUGUCUGAAGAAGGAGCUGGCCACCAGCAGGUGAAGGGUCAACACUACACCUCCUUCUCCAGCUGCGUUCGCUCUGAGGCCAGGAGACAAGUUCACCAGCUCUGGAGGAGGUACAAGGAGAAGUCGUAGAAGUGGACGCAGACAGACUGCAGAAGAAAACCUGAAGGAAGAAGAUUUUUUUUAAACCAAGAUGACUGAGGUCUGACUUUCAAAGUCAGUAGCCUGAGUUAGCAAACAAGGACACAUCUCCAAAUCAAAAAUAACUCUACAAGCAUGACUGCACACAGUGAAUGGUGCUCUGUAUGCUGAUGAUAAGCAACAUGACAUGUUUCCUGUUUUCCCUCUUCUCCUUAUUCCAAGUAUGAUUUACAGAGCUUACUGACAAAGUAGAAAUAUAAUUCAGCUUCAUUGUACAAGCAUGGCGCCUCCCCAACAGUUAGUGAAACUGCAACUGAUGAUUAUUUUUAUUUUAGAUAAUGAAUCUGACCAGCAGAAAAUGUUAAGUCAUUUAUUAUAUAGGUAUGACUAAGCAGGUUGUAGAUUUUGAUAGUUCUCCCAACUGAAAGGAAUCCUUACGUUAUGAUCGUGUAUGUAUGUGACCAGUUAUAGUCAAAGCUAUACUCUUUUCUUUUAAUUUGUUAAACUGCUGCACUACAAUCUAACAACCAAGAGAGCACAACAAUGAUUUGAUUAUAAAAUCAGUGUCAUACUGAUGUUAUCCAUAUGAAAUUAAUAUAAAAUAAUAUUUAUACAAAUUGCUUAACAAUAAAUUUGCUGUAUACAUCAUAUUUUUUAUGUUUUGUCUAAAUCUCAUUGUAAUCAUCUCAGUCUUUUUAACUUUUUUAUUUAGUGUAAUCUGAUGCAGCCAGUAUAGUUUUUCUUUGAUUUUCAAUGACAGUAACUAAACACUGCUGCUACACAUAGGAAGUAUAUGAUAUACUUAUAAUACUACAGAACUUGGGAUGUCUUUGACCUGAAUGUGACAGCAGGCUACAAAACAUGGAAGACGAGGAAAAGAAAUAUUUUUUUACUAAUUUCAAUAUUUUCACCAGCCUCUAACCUUAUUGUCUUGACUUGAUUUGUGUUUCAGAGUCCUUGGUGCUUGUAUGAUAUACAGAUGUGAUGAAAUAAAGGAAAAACCAGAAGAAAUAGUGGAGAAACAGGAUGACAAUGCAUCCAUCCAUAGGGCACGAGGUGUCAUGAAUAGAAAUGAUGCUAAUCAUAAGCUUUGACCUUGAGAGUCAUCACAUCUCAAACCAAGUAAACACCUAUGGAAGAUUUUGGACCGAUGUGUUAAACAGCGUCUCUGUGACUAUCAUCAUGACACCAAAUGAGGAACUAUCUGUUAAAAGAACUGUGUCCAUCUAGUAGCAUCAAUGCCAAGGUGUAAUGAAGUUGUUAUGGCAACCCACACCUUACUAAAUAACUUACUUAGGUUUUUCCUUUAAUUUGUCUUUUUCAUCUGCAAACUGUCACAUAACAAACCAGACUCUCCCAGCAAUUAUGUCAUCAGUGUGUAUUUAAAAGAAAAACAGCAAAACAAGUGCAAUAACUCUGUUAUAAAUACGAUGUGUGAUUCAAAUCACCAAACCUGUAAUGUUGUUAUAUAUUAAUAACUUCCUGAUCAUCAAUUUCCAAUGUCUUGACCAAAGAUAAAAAAGAAAUAUAUUAUAUUCUGAGUUGUAAUGUGUAAAUAAAGUUGGUGUCAAGUUAUUGGACAAAAUGUAAAUGGUUCUCUUUUUGUUUGUGUUAUUUGUCCCAUUGUGCAUGAAUAAAUUAUUUUGGGAACACG